CACUUUGUUACUUUCACGCGAGCAGUGCACAUUUUGAACCGUCAAAAUGUACAGGCUCUUUAUAUUUGCCUUUGUGAUCGCAGCCGCAACGUGCCAACAGCAAGAGGGGGGCAGACGAGUCCCCAAAUACGCGGGAGACCCGAAAACAGCAGCUAUCGUGCAGGAAGCGCGAUACCUCAGUGGAAACGGAGCUUUCGGUGCCGCCUACCAACAGGAAGAUGGAAUCAACUUCAAAGAGGAAACUGACGCCGACGGCAACAGGAGAGGCAGCUACUCCUACAUCGACCCCAGUGGUCAGAGGAAAACAGUGAACUACGUUGCGGGCAAGAACGGAUUCCAGGCCAGCGGUGACCAUAUCCCGACCGCGCCCCAAGCAGCCGCGCCCACUCCCGGAUACACCCCGGACCCCCGUUACAACUCACCGGAUUACAAAUCUCAACAGUACAGUGCUCCCCAACAAUACGUGGCUCCUGAGCCAGUGCGCAACUAUGGCGGCAAACCCAACGAGGAUGACGGUCAGUACCACCCAGAGUUGUACGAACAGAACUAUGAGGCGCCCCAGCAACAGUACCAACCUCAGCAGAACUACCAGACCCAGGCGCAGUACCAGCCGCAGCCGCAGCCCCAGUACCAGCCUCAACCCCAGUACCAGGCUGAGCCUCAAUACCAGAGCAACAACAUCUACCCGGGCACGCAGCAGGCGCAGUACAGCGGUCUGCCCUCAUCCCAGUACUCGCAGCCCAUCCAGUACUCGCAGCCGGCCCAGCCCGCUCGCCAGCAAUACUACGAGCCCACGACGCAGCAGCCCACCCGCUUCUUCCCCCCCGGCAAGUUCAGUCUGAACAGAGCACCCGACGGCUACACCUACUCCUUCCACAAAGUAUAAAUCUAAUUUAUAAAGAGGGCUCCGGCGAUUUGUAAAGGCUGAAACACGUAAAAAGCACGCAUCAAUUAGCAACUCGCCGAGUCAUCGAGGGGCGGCUGUGUGUGAACUCCGCUCAAAAGCAUUUCUUAAUUGUUGUUUGCUGUGAUAUUGUGAGUUAAUGGACAGGUAUACAUAUGUGGUUCGUUAUUGUUAUUCGCUGGAAGGUUUGCGGGCCGAAUGUGCGUCAGUUCACUUAACUGAACUUUGUAAAUAAACUUAGAUUUACACAACAA